AUGGCUCUGCGGUACUUCAUGACGACAAAGCGCCUUACUGCUAGACAAGCUAGGUGGUGCAAAUUAGUAAAUCAAUAUUACUUUAUUAUUAAGCACCAUCCAGGAAAGGAGAACACGCUGGCGGAUACAUUAACUUGGAGAGAAAGCACUCCAGUUAACCACAAGAAAGGGUGUAUGCAGCUCAUGUUGCCAAAGAAGUGCCUAGGGCCUUCACUAGUAAAAGAUUCGUUAAGUGUGGUUGAAAAGGAAGAAGAUGUUAUUUCUAGAGUCAUCACCAUAAAUACAAGAAGCCCUGAAUGUAAGCAAUUCCAAGAGCUUAUGAGAACGGGAGACAAGAACUAG